CGCAUAGCAAAGAGCUCAGUGCAACACGCCUACUCCACUUACUACUAGACGUUACUGAGAUCUCGCGCCAUGCCAGGCUCCACGGACACCGGGCGCGUCCAGGUGAUCGGCCGCCGCGUCAUCCGCGCCGAGCAGCCGCCGCCACCCUCGUCGUCACCGGUGCCGGAGACCAUCCACCUGACGCCGUGGGAUCUCCGGUUGAUCACCAUCGACUACAUCCAGAAGGGCGUCCUCCUGCCCAAGCCAAAGCACGAGCACUGGCACGCCGUCGUCGACCGCCUCGCGUCCGCGUUCGCCCGCGCCCUGGGCCGCUUCCACCCGUUCGCAGGUCAGCUCGUGGUCCACGAGCGCGCCGGCGACGGGACCAUUACCGUGUCGCUGCGUUGCACCGGCGAGGGGGCCGAGUUCGUCCAUGCCGCGGCACCAGGUGUCACGGCGGCCGACAUCACCGGGGAGCUCUACAUUCCUCGCGAGCUGGUGGCGUCCCUGUUCCCGCUCAACGGGCUGGUCAGCGCCGACGCCGCCUCGGUGGACGGCGAGCCCAGGCGGGCGCCGCUGCUGGCCGUGCAGGUCAACGAGCUCGAGGACGCCGUUUUCGUCGCCGCGUCGCUCAACCACGCCGUCGGCGACGGCACCACGUUCUGGCAUUUUGUCAACACCUGGUCGGACUUGAGCCGGAGCGAUGGCGCUACAUGCGAACGGCCGCCGCCGGUGCUAGAGCGGUGGUUCCUCGACACCUGCCCCGUGCCCGUCCCCCUCAAGUUUGCCAAGCUCGAGGACGCCAUCCGGCGACACGAGAAUCAGCAGCUACCGUUGCAGGAAUGUUUCUUCCAUUUCUCCUCGGAGAGCGUGAAGAAGCUGAAGGCCCGGGCGAACGCGGAGGUGCACUCCAUGACCGGCGCGGCCACCAUCUCCUCACUGCAGGCUGUGCUCGGGCACCUGUGGCGGUCGGUGUGCCGAGCCAGGCGCCUGGACCCUUCGCAGAAGACCACGUACGUGCUGCUCAUCGGCUGCCGGGGGAGGGUGAAGGGCAUCCCGCCGGCCGGCUACGUGGGCAACGCCGUGGUGCCCUGCAAGGUGCAGUCGACCGCCGGCGAGGUCGUGGAGAAAGGGCUCGGCUGGACGGCGUGGCAGCUGAACCGCGCGGUGGCGUCGUUCGACGAGGCGGCCCUGGUGAGGGAGUCGCUGGAGCGGUGGGUGCGGGAGCCGAGGCUCGCGUACAACACGGACCUGCUGGGCGCGGCGGACGUGGGCACGGGCAGCUCGCCGCGGUUCGACGUGUACGGCAACGACUUCGGGUGGGGGAGGCCGGCCGCCGUGCGGUGCGGCCCCGGGAACAAGCUAGACGGCAAGACCACGGUCUUCGAGGGCCGCGGCGGCGGCGGCGCCGUGGCGCUGGAGGUGUGCCUCGCCCCCGACGCGCUCGCGAGGCUCGUCGCCGACGACGAGUUCAUGCGCGCCGUGACCGCGCCGUGACCAUGACCUGGUUGCGACGUUGUCUGCUUCCGUUUAAUCCACAUCACCACGUGUGCGGGCGCGUGCCAAUAAAACUAUGACUCGCUGUCGCAGUGUCACAUCCCGACAUGAUUGUUCCGUUAUCGAUGUCGUGUGUACACAUUUAUCAGCGAGACCGCGACGUCGUGCUUGUCAAAUUGUAACAAUAAUGCGCCUGCCAGAGUGAUCCAUGGCAGGUGUCCGGUCAUGAACGCAUCAGUCGUCGUUUCUU